UCUUAUCUAGAUUUAUGAGACUGAUGUAUCCUCCUAGCCAUGGCCAUCGUAACAUCCCAAGCUGAGCUCCAGUUUGUAGUGAUCACACCCCACACCAGCAGCGAUGCAACCCAUCAAAUUCAAAGAAGCAGCGUCUCAACCAUUGUUGCUAGGCGUCUUAAGGAAUCAAGUACUGCCAUCUUAACCAAAUUUCACGCAGGUUUUUUCAGGGUAAGCCUAUCUCUGGGUGGCCAGGCUUUGUUAUGGAAGACAUUAAUGGGGCCAACCGAUGACACGAGCAGUCUAAGAAUUACCCUCCACAUGUUUCAUCCCAGGGCUUUUACUCUACUCUGGUCUUUCGCGUUCCUUACCCUUGUUUUGCUCUCAGUUCUUUACCUUUUGAGAUGUUUAUUUUACUUCAAGAUGGUGAAAGAGGAGUUCCUGCACCAUGUAGGGGUUAACUACCUAUUCGCUCCGUCGAUUUCUUGGCUUCUUUUGCUUCAAUCAGCGCCUUUCUUUACCCCAAACAACCAUUCCUACGUGGUUCUCUGGUGGGUUUUUGCGGUUCCUGUUGUGGUGCUUGAUGUGAAAAUCUAUGGCCAAUGGUUUACUAAGGGGAAGAAGUUCUUAUCAGCUGUUGCAAAUCCGACGAGCCAGUUGUCGGUUAUAGGGAACCUGGUGGGUGCACAAGCCGCGGCAAAUAUGGGGUGGAAAGAGAGUGCUAUGUGCCUUUUCUCACUAGGGAUGGUGCAUUACUUAGUACUCUUCGUGACGCUUUACCAGCGUUUACCAGGCACCGAUCGGCUCCCAACGAUGCUGAGGCCCGCUUUCUUCUUGUUCUUCGCAGCACCAAGCACGGCCAGCUUGGCUUGGCAAUCUAUUUCUGGUGCUUUCGAUACAGCAUCGAAAAUGCUUUUCUUCCUCUCGCUCUUCCUCUUCAUGUCACUUGUUUGCAGGCCGACACUGUUUAAGAGAUCUAUGAGAAGGUUCAAUGUGGCAUGGUGGGCUUACUCGUUUCCCUUGUCUGUGCUUGCUCUAGCAUCAACGGAAUAUGCAGAAGAAGUGAAAGGCGGCCUUGCACGCCUCCUAAUGCUUGUUCUUUUAGCAUUUUCUGUCUUGGUCGCCAUUGGUUUGAUUUUGUUCACUCUGCUCAACACUAAGAUGCUCUUACCUCACAAUGAUGAUCCAACUGCAAGUCAUCUCGAUUCUCAUCUGCCGGAAGUGUCACGACAGAGAAAAUCAGCAACUACAACAAGUACUGUUCAGACAAAUGAUAAAACAUGUGUAUAGGUGAAUGGUAGAUGCUCUCUUACAAUCUCUAAUUUGGGAAACUUAAGUAGCUAGUAACUAUCUGAAGAAAGUAUAUCAAGGGUCUCGAAUUCCCUGACAGACAUGAGCAAUUCCAUCCAAAUAACCGGAUGUUCAUGCACCAUAUGCCAAUUGGACAACAUGGAAAUCAUGGGGGAAAAGGGAUAAACUGUAAGGGUUUAUCAGAUUUGUGGAUAAAUUUCUAUGUAUCUAUCGUUUUGCUGACAA